AUGGCGCAAAUGAAUGCAGUUCGUUUCUACGGUCAACGCGACAUCCGGCUCGAUCAGAUCCCCGUCCCCGCCGUCAAGCCAGGGCAGGUCAAGAUCGCGCCCAAGUUCUGCGGCAUCUGCGGCUCGGAUCUGCACGAGUAUCUCGGCGGGGCGAACCUGAUACCGCAAGAAGGACACCCGCACCCGAUCACGGGUGAGACGCUGCCUCUGACGCUGGGCCACGAAUUCAGCGGCGUGGUCGAGGAGGUGGGCGAAGGCGUCGAGAAAGUCAAGCCCGGCGACCGCGUCUGCGUGCAGCCCACCAUCUACGACGGCAGCUGCCGCGCGUGUAAACGCGGACUCGUCAACUGCUGCGACAAGAAUGGCUUCGUGGGCCUGAGUGGCUGGGGAGGCGGGCUGUGUGAGCACAUGGUCGUGCCCGAGAGUUGCGUCAAGCCCUUACCAGACAACAUCCCCUUGGAGGUGGGUGCGCUGAUCGAGCCGCUAGCCGUGGGCUGGCACGCCGUCGACAUUUCCCCAUACAAGGACGGCGACUCGGUGCUCGUGCUAGGCGGCGGCCCCAUCGGUCUCGCGGUCGUGCAGGCACUAGUCGGCAGAGGAUGCAAAAACAUCAUCGUCAGCGAGGUCAGCGGCCGCAGGAGAGAAUUUGCCAAGCAGUUUGGCGCGCACCAUGUCAUCGACCCUGUCAAGGCUGACGUCGUGGAGGAGGUCGAGAAGUUGACCGGUGGCGAGGGUGCCGACGUUGGCUUCGACGCUGCGGGCGUGCAGGUCGCCGUGGAUACGGCCUUCAAGGCCAUCAAGGCGAGGGGAACGCUGGUCAACAUCGCCGUGUGGGAGAAGAGGGCGACGCUGCAGAUGAACGAUAUUGUCUUUAGAGAGAGGGGUUAUAUGGGAGUAGCCACCUACGCCCUCGGCGACUUUGAAGCCGUCAUCAAGGCCAUCUCAACCGGCGCCAUGAAACCCGCCGGCAUGAUCACCAAGACGAUCAAGCUCGACCAGGUCGCCGAGGAGGGCUUCAAGACCCUGAUCGAGGACAAGGAGAACCACGUCAAGAUCUUGGUCGACGUGGGCGCGGGGAUUUGA